UUAUCUUUACAUAUGUUUUUAGUGUCGAUAGUCAAAUACAAUAUACAAAUUUAACAAACUCCUUCGUAUGACUACGUUUUAAAAUUUGUUUUAUCUUUGAAAUCAAAAGCAAACAAGCAAGCGUUGAUUUGAAAUUGAAUUAACAUUAAAAAAAACACUAGCUUUUAUUUAAAUGCAACACAAAAUUUCCCUCUAGCACCAAUAGAGUCUAUGAAAUAAAUUAAAAUACUGCAUAUAUUCUUGUGUUCGUGAGGUAGGUUGAAGUUGGACUUUUUUUCAAUAUGGACUCAAAUUCAGAAGACUUGCUGACAUUCAAGGAUUUUACAAGUUCCUCCAGCAGCCCCCAACCUGCUCAGAUUAGCGUUAAUUCACCCGAAAAAAGCUCAACAGGACGUUCAAGAGACCCUCUUCAAGCUCUUAUAUACGAUAUGUCGAAGAGUGCAAACCUUCAAAGCAGCGACAGCAAUAUAAAUCAAGCAAAUGAAGGCGGUUCUUUGGAAGACACUCCGAGAACUGUAUCUUUUCUGACCAUUGAAUACUACCAACAGUUUUUCAAUGUGGACACAUUCAUGGUUAUUGAUCGCAUCGCGAGUGCGGUUAUUCCACAAAGAGCACCAAGCAAUUAUCUCAAGUCUCACAUUGGAACCAAUCCUGAUCUUUAUGGCCCAUUUUGGAUAACAGUUACUUUAAUAUUUUCCAUUGCAAUUAGUGGAAAUGUUGCAAGUUAUCUUCAGACGGCCAAUGAAAACUAUCAUUGGCGAUAUAAUUUCCACUUAGUGUCAUACGCAGCUUCCUGCAUUUUUAUUUAUUCUUGCUUUGUCCCUGGGACUCUAUGGGGUCUAAUGAAGUACACUUUGAAGCCUGUCGAAGAGGACCUGGAAACAGAAAACGCCACGUAUACACCCAGUCUUCUCUCGUUGAUGUGUAUUUAUGGUUAUUCCCUUGCUGUUUAUAUUCCGGUGUCAAUUUUAUGGGUUAUCCAGAUAUCAAUUCUGCAGUGGUUACUGGUAUUGACAGCUGCUCUAGCAUCAGGAUCGGUUCUCAUUGCUGUUUUGACACCAGCGCUUAGGAAUUCAAAGAUAUCGUUUUUUCUCAUGAUUGGAAUCCUGGGGGCACAUUUUCUUCUUGCAGCAGGAUUUAUGCUUUACUUUUUCCAUGUACCCAACAGUACAACACUAACUCUAACAAAUAAUUUAAUGCAAACCCCUGCAAGUGUCAGUGUAGUUAGCAUUUCAAAGAACAUUAGCGUUUAAAAAUAAAUGAUAUAAGGCAAUACGCAAAAAGCCGGUGUUAUUUUUACAACACUAAGCUUAUUAAAAGAUUUGUUUAUUUAUUGUUGCAAUUAUAAAACUUAUGACAAAACGAAUUAGGUUUAUUAGUAAUAAGUAAUUCCCUUUACACAGUACAAUAUAUUAAUGUGUUAACAUAAUAUCAGUAAUAUUUUCGUUUACACCAUCUCCUCUGGCCCAUCACUUAGUUAUAAAUGAGGAAACAGUAACGAACUAAAGUAAUUAUUACAGUAUUAUAUAAUUGAGGAAAGGAAAAUAAUAUUUACACACAAAAUAAUGCAUUUAAGUGCAUGGUAAACUUCUUUAAAGUAUUACUUAUAUUCUUACCUCUUUAAAAUCCAAGACGUUUAAGUUCAAGUUUAAAAGUUUAUGCAUGCACUUUUUGGUGUGUUGCUGGAAAAAUACAUUAAUAAUUGUACACUUCGGAUAUUUGAGUUUCAUCAUCAUAAUUAAAACUUAAUGAAUUUAAUACAUCAAGUGCUAAAAGUACUCUUAUUAUGAGUUUGUAAAUAAAUACAAUAUCGCUUAUAACCUUUAACUUACAGA